AAAAAAACAGAGAACCUGAUCAAAGGGAUUUGAAUCUUGAGUGUUAUGGAGAUUAGGGUUGAUGAAGAAGCUGUGAUCAAUGGUUCUCGUCACAUGAUCCAAGAAGAGGAAGUUCCACUUCUGAAGGAGGAUAAAAUUCUAAUCCAAACUCGAGAGUUUCCUGCAAUAGAAAGAAACACAUGGAUACAAAAGGCAAUAGGUCAAACUUUUCAAACCACAUCUCAUCUAGCUAAUCUCUUACCAACAGGGACAGUUCUUGCAUACCAAAUCUUGUCACCAAUCUUCACAAACGCUGGAAGCUGCAGCUUUGCUAGCAGAUUCAUGACCGCAACAUUAGUUGUGAUCUGUGCAUUCUCUUGUUUUAUACUUAGCUUCACAGAUUCUUACAAGGACUUGAAUGGAAACACUUGCUAUGGAAUUGCUACAAUCAAUGGCUUUUGGAUCAUCGACGGCUCAGCUACUCUUCCUGAAGACCGUGCCAGAACUUAUAAGUUACGGUUUAUAGACUUUGCACACGCUAUCAUGUCGUUUCUGGUGUUUGGAGCUGUGGUUAUGUUUGAUCAGAAUGCGAUUAAGUGUUUCAUCCCUGAACCAUCUGCUGAAGAAGCUGAGAUUCUCACAGCUUUGCCUGUAGGAUUAGGAGUCUUUUGCAGUAUGUUGUUUGCUACAUUUCCUUCUACACGUCAUGGUAUCGGUUUCACCAUCUCUGAUAAAUGAUGUUCUGAUUCUAUUAUUAACUUAUUAUCUGUUGUAUUUGAGAUGAUCUUCUGAAUAGAGUAUCUCGAUGUUUGUGGUAAAAUUGUUCAUGGAAUGUUCAAAUCAAAAUCAGAUAACCAAACCUUGAAAUAGAUUCAGAAGCAAG